GCACAAGAGUGCCGAUUCCGUAAGGAAACUGUGAUGAUUUAGUAAGUUUCUAAAGGCGCUUUGACAUUUUGCCGCAUAGUAAAUGGUCACAAUGAGUAGAAGAGACCAGCAAUUAAAGCUUCCACGCAUCUUUUUCCAAUACCGAAAAGAUACAUGCCCCUCUAAGUAGUUUAAGAAGCUAAUGUGGCUAAAACUUGAUGGGAAGUCCGACCCAGAUUACCUUCACAUUGCCUCCAAUAAUGUCCCCAUUCAUUCAGGAGACUAAAUUCAGAUCUCAGAAAACUAAACAAGUCAACAGGUUUUAAUAUUAAGUGAAGCCCAGUGGCCAGGUGGGUAUGGAGAUAUGUCACUGGUCCCAAGAAGUGUCCCUGUCACAAAGCCUGCCGACACCUAGCCACUCAGGUUAGGCAAUGAAUGAAGGCGCUUGCGCAGUAGAAUCCAGAGCGGGGAAGCGGGCGCCUGCGCAGAGACGUGGUGACCGUCCGCUUCACGCCAAGCCGCGCCAGCGCAGUGAAGAACGAGCCCGCAGAAACAGCGCCUGCGCAGCCGUGGCUGAGGAGCCUGUUCCGGCAGCGGCAAUGGAACCAGCGGAGCAGCUGAGCGAGUUAGUGUCAGCCGAGGGCCGAAACCGGAAGGCGGUGCUGUGCCAGCGUUGCGGCUCCCGGGUGCUGCAGCCAGGGACCGCUCUCUUCUCUCGCCGACAGCUUUUCCUUCCCUCCAUGAGAAAGAAGCCAGCUCUGUCUGACGGCAGCAAUCCUGAUGGUGAUCUCCUCCAGGAACACUGGCUGGUUGAGGACAUGUUCAUUUUUGAGAAUGUGGGCUUCACCAAGGACGUGGGCAACAUCAAGUUUCUGGUCUGUGCAGACUGUGAAAUUGGACCAAUUGGUUGGCAUUGCCUAGAUGACAAGAACAGUUUCUAUGUGGCCUUGGAACGAGUUUCCCAUGAGUAACUGAGGGGAAGGGUACCCAGCUCCACCUCCAAAGAUAAACCUGCUCCCCACAAGAACUGGCCUUUAAUGUGGUCUAACUGUUCUGCUGCCUUCUUCUCUGUGCUAAUAUAAAUACUGAGUACCAGCAUGUCCACUUGAACAUGCAGAGGGUUAAUCCUGCUUCCUAAAGCCUCACAUACAUGCCUCCUGCCUAGUUCACUUUGCAUCACAUUUCCUAAGCUCCUUUUUCCCCCAGUUUUGGGACACUGCUUACCUCCACAAAUCUCAUCUCUUCCCUCGCAUUCUGCCUAGGCUCUGUUUUGCCCAGGGGCUCCCUCUUUUUCUUGCUCUAGAAGAGCAGUAUUCAGCCGUUUAGUUAUGACGACCCGUAACAAAAGAUGCUUAUGUACUAAUAGUUGAAAGUCUGCCUUUUUUUCAUUCAAGAAGGCAUACAAAUAUCUGAGAGUGACUUUGUUGUAUAGCUACCCUUGUGAUCUGCAGUAAUUUAAUCAUUCUAAAAGUAAAGCAUUUACAAAACUCAGUA